AUGGGGAAGAACCAUCGAGGCGAAAACUGUGCAAACGCUCUGAAGCAGCUUCGGCAGACGCGGACAUGUGAAAGAGACUGCAUGGGCCAUAGGUUCUAUAUACAACGAUGCGAGAGUGCUCGUAUAGUGAAAGGCCGCCUGAUCACCAAAGCCCAGACCGUCAUAGUACCUGCUUCUGGCUCCUGGGAGGUUGAAAAGGUCAUUGACAGCCUCCUCGAAGUUGUCAAUAGUCUCGAGGAUCAUAUAUGUCCACAUCGAACUUGGAAGCAAGAUAUACGAAGGAAUCUGAUUCCUCAGUCGAACGAGUGUGCUAAAAAGAGAGAUUUCGGAGAUCAGUCUCUUGCACCACUAUCGUACCCGAGUGUUGGUGUUGAGAUGCGCUGUCUCCUCUGCCACGGACGAAAGUGCACUCAAUCAUGCCAAAAGAAACAAAUCGACAAGGCUGAGGUUGGCUGCCCUGGGAGCUGUUCGGCUUGUUUUACGGAUUUCUCAGUCAACGCCGUGGAAUUACCAGGCAUGGCUGCUCGUGCGCUGGUUUUGACGACGUGGAGGAACCUGGGAUCGGGUGCCAACAGAUGCAGCAAGGAAUGGAACUCAUUCGAACGUCCAAGGCGUCCUGGGCCUGGGCAAAGCUCAAAAGCACACAGAGCAACCAUCAGACAGGGCCGCGAAGCCGUGUUCCGUUGCUUUGAGGAGGUGAAUGAUCCGAACUUCAGUUACGGGGGUCCAAAUCACAUUCAUCGGCCACGCGUGGAACCUCUUGAUCUUAUGCGGUUACGAGAAUUUCCAGAUCGACUGGAGUUUGAAGACGACAUCUGUGGUGAACCCCAUCGUCCCGGAUCAGAUGGUAUAAUCUACCAUCCGGAUCCCAUAGACUAG